UUCAGACACCAUAAAAAUCGCAGACAAAGAAUCCUUCAUUUUAGGGCAUUGGUCCGAAUUCUUUUCACUCUUUUUUGGCAAUGGCGGAGGAAACAGAGAGUAACCAAUUGACGGUGGAGCCGGUAAUGGAGAAUAUCAGCGAGAAGAUUCACAGCCAUGAUUCGUCUUCUUCUUCGGAUUCUGAUUCGAAUCAUGGGAAACCCGCUUCUCCUAGCUCCGUUAAGGCUAAGAUUUAUAGGUUGUUUGGAAGGGAGAGACCUGUUCACCAUAUUCUUGGUGGUGGAAAGCCUGCUGAUGUGUUUUUGGGGAGGAACAAGAAGAUUUCGGCUGGUUUUCUCGGUGGAGUAACUGCAAUUUGGGUCCUAUUGACUGCGGGGAACUUUUUGACUGCAAAACCAAACUGGCAGGAACCUCCAGAAUCCCUGCAUGCAGAUAAAAUUGUUGGAGCUGGUGCUUCAGCUUCAAUGAGUGAGAGGCAUAGCGGCUGUGACCUUGCUACUGUUCCUAAAGAAAUUCCUUCUAGUCUUGAAAUUGCCUCAACGCCAUUGGGAGAGGUGAAGAUUUCUAUAAGCUACAAUUCUGCUAUUGGAAGACCAAAUUUCCAAUUGCCUACUGUAGAUGAACUUAGAGAACUGAUGAAGCAGAGGUGCCUCCAGUCAUACAAACUCAUUGACCCUAAUUUUGAUGUAUUCAAAGUUUUGAGUGAUAUGUGUGAGUGCAUAUUUAGGUGA